AGUUCCACUGGCUUCCAGACCCUGAAUUCCUCAUCUAAGGGUUCCUUAUCCCCACCGUUCGCAGCCAUUUUGGCUCAAGCCAUGUCCUGCUCGGGCGCAUGCGCGGGCUGGAGUGCGAUGGCGGCGGGGAGACGGCCCUCGAAGCGGCUGUCUGGAGAGAUGUGGCGCCGCGUGGCGCAGCGCUGGGCAGCCCUCUCCCGCGAGAGGCUCGUGCAGCGACAGGCCGAGGAGCUCAAGGACGUACAGCUCCCAGCCCAGGCACCAGCAGAGAUGCAGCGGCGCCUAGCGCUGGUGGAACCAGUGCUCAUGGCUCAGCUGCGAGGUGAAGAAAUCGAAGGGGACAGGGUGCUGGAGCGGAACGUUGGCUGCCACGCUCGCACCGUCCCCCGCCGAGGCGCGCCCGUGGGCGAGUGCCGGAGGGUGCAGCGCGGCCGGCGCCUUUCUGGGCCGGGCGCCCCUCGUGGAGACAGCACGGUGCUGGAUGUGCAGGUAUUGCCUGAGCUGGAGGCCGAGCGGCUGGCGCUUGGUGGUUCCUGCUGCAGUGGUGGCCAGCAGUGCGAGAGCCUCGACGGGAUCGGCGUCGCGGUGCACGCGGAGGCUAUGCAGUUUGGCGGCGUCCUGGUCGGCGAGGCGGGCUCGGGGCCUGAGGUCGUGCGUGAAACCUGCGACACCCAGGCCAGUGUCCUGCUCGGCGCCCCCGGUGCGUGGCCGUCGGACGCCGCCGAGGUGGAGUUCGGAGGCGCAGAGGUCCUCGGGGCUGGCGACCGCGGCGGCGCUGGACCUGCGCCUGGAACCUGGCACGCGGCGAGCCCAUUCGCGGAGGCGAAGGCUUUCGCCGCAGGGUUCGCCGCGGGAUGGAGCUGUGCUGAGCGCGACGCCGCACUGGCAGAGCGCGUCGGUGCCGCCUCGCAGACGGUUGAGGAGUCGGCGAUGCUGGUGCGCCCGUGCGGCCUGCCUGGAGGUAUGUCGGCAAUCGGCUCCCAGGUUGUCGCCGUUGACGUUAACUCAGAUGCCGAAGGGGUUGUCGACGGCGGAGUCGCUAGCGAUGACGAGAGGUUGCUCUUCGCUGAUGCGGAGGCGGGCACGGCCUGCUCCGCCGUAACGCAGCCGUUGCUCGGUGCGGCCGCCGCGGCGCACCUGAAGGCGCACCCCGCUGCGCUCUUCAGCAGGAGCAGGGGUCUGCACGAGGCCGGCCAGGUGCUGCAGGCCCCGGGCGCCGUCGUCCACGACGAGGCGGGCGCCGCGCUGGCGGUGGGCUCGUCGCUGAAGCGGUACCAGGAGGAGUCGCAGGGCAUCGCCAUCAAGAUGGACAUCGUCGGCGGCCUGGACGUCGGCGCCCAGCUCGGCGGCCUGGCGAACGAGAGCCAGCGCGAGGACUCGGAGGCUCCCGUCGCGCAACAGGAGGUCGAGGAGGCUUCCAUUGACGACGACGGGAACAGGGUCAAGCAGGGCGCGCGGUGGGCCGUGUCUCGGGACCAGAGUUACUGGACAUCGAGUUCGGGAGCGAGGCUGGCGACUGCGUCGGCGUGCCCGAGUGCGGGGAGGAGGCUUCGCUGGAGGCGGUGGAGCCCUGAGCCGGCGCCCCCGAGCACACGGUGCAGGUUGUCUUGCAGCUUGCCCCCGAGCACGCGGCAGCGGAUGGGCGUUCUGAAGCCCGCUGCCGACUAUCUGGCUGAGCUUGAGCACGGAGCCAGGGAGCGUCGCCUUAGUCCGCUGGGCGUCGAGGAGAUCGAGUCGCUCUCUUUGGCGGGGGAGGCGGCUAUCAGGGGCGCGAUUGAGGCGGCUGGGGAGACCGGCUUUUUCGACGAGAUGGGACACGCGGCCGCGGCUGAGGCGCUGCUUGACGCGCCAGGGGCCCCCGCCGGCGCAGCAGACUCACCGCGGCAACCCCGCGCGCGGGCGGGCGCUAUGGGGCCGCGGCGGCGUGGCCUGCUCCGACGCAGUGUCGCAGCAUUGGAACUGGUUCACUUGGCGGAGUGGCCCUGGCGCCCUAGGAUGGCGAGCGUGAGCGGCCCACGCUCGCCGGCCGAGGCGGGAGGCGCCAGGGUUGCUGCGCGGUUGAGUGAGGGCGCCGCCGCGUUAGGCCACCGCCGCGCGCGGCGACUGCGUCGCAUGCGCACUGCAGCGCGCCCCCGCCUGGUCUGCUGGUGGCGAACGCGCGCGGUCCACGCUCGCUGGGAGGUGGCGGACGGAGGGAUCGCCGCGCGUGUGGCGCGAGGUGCGACCACCUCUUGCCCCGCCGGCCGGUUUUUCCUCAGCAUCGGCUCGAAGAGAAAAAAUGCCCCCGCCGCAAUGGGGGUCGACAGGCUUAUCGCGAACACGGGCGGCCGAUCUCCACCGUCGGGUUGACGCGUCUGGCCGACGGGCAGAGGGUCAUCGCCUACGGGCGGCUGAAGAGCACCGCCAGCAGCGCGCCGUAGAGCACCGCCGUCGCCUGGCUGAAGGUCAUCGCGCACGGGUGGCCGAAGAGUUUCAUUAUCAUGGCGCCCACAUCGCAGAGCGGAUUUCGUUUGGAAAACGACGGGGCGGGCCUGGGGCAUCCUGGAUGAAUUUCGCGCAGUGUUUGUUCGGCCCGGAAAGCCCCGCCGUCGCCUGGCCGAAGAGCACCGCCAGAAAGCGGCUGCAGCGCAUUGAAUUCGAGUGGCGCAUCCAAUUGUGUCAUUGUCUAUGUUAUGGGCCUCCUGAGGCGUGGAUCUGAAGGAAGUCUCUGGAAGGAGCUUCGUCUUUGAGCGAGCUGCGCGGAAGUAUUCGUCGGGGGCGCCGCCCCGCGGGGCCGCCGGGCAAUGGCGCCCCUCCGAGCGGGCCAUCCAGUCUGCAUGCGCCGCCGCAUUUGGCCCCUUGAGGCGCGAG